AGAGAGAGAGAGUAGAAGCUUGAGCAGCUUUUGUAGCAGCAACAUGGUCGUCGUCGUCACUACAAUCUCCAGCGACUUCUCAGUCGUAUUCGUACCGGAGAAAGGCUCGAGGAGCUGAAUCUCUUUGAUAUUUUUUUUGGGUUUUUUUUAUUUAUAGAACUGUCUCUUUCUCGGUCUGAAUCUGGUCUUUUGCGUUUUCCCUUGUGUACCCAUGUUCUGACACAGUUUAACCAUGCAUGCCCAUAUGUUCUUCUCGCUGCCCAAUCUCGCAUUCAUCGUUUCCUUGGACCUUGAGUCAUCAUAAAAGCAUUAAAACUACGAGACAGCUCGAAAGAUCUCUUUGUUUCAUCUUCCUGAGGUAAAAUCUGGUCGGACGAGGAAGCUAGCGAGAUCUGUGUUUCUUGACUCGUGAGCUUUGAUGGUUGUCUGGUGAAACCUAAAAAAAGGGCCGGUCUUUAAUGGAAAAAAACCGGUGAAACUGUUCAUGAAGAAGAUUGCGAGCUUAUGAGGCUGAAAGCGGUUUUGUUCUGCUGCACAUCCGGUUUUGGUUGAUGGGUUUUUCCCACCUCUCUGGGAGAAAUCUGGUUUUAGGGUUUUUGGAUUCUCGUUGUGGUGAUUAACUGUUUUGGGGAUCUUUAAAUUUCGUAUCUUUGAAGAACAAAACGUUGGAGUAAUUUCCGUAUCUGGCAAAAUGAGAUGGUCUUCUUCCAGUUUCAAUCCUCAAGCAGAUGAAGGAGAGAAAAGGGUUCUUAAUUCUGAGCUUUGGCAUGCUUGUGCGGGUCCUCUUGUUUCAUUACCUCCUGUCGGAAGCCGGGUCGUUUAUUUUCCACAGGGACAUAGCGAACAGGUUGCUGCUUCGACGAACAAGGAAGCAGAUGCUCAAAUGCCAAACUACCCGAGCUUGCAGCCACAACUCAUCUGUCAGCUUCACAAUGUCACCAUGCAUGCGGAUGUGGAGACCGAUGAGGUCUAUGCACAGAUGACUCUGCAGCCGCUAAACCCGCAAGAGCAAAAAGAUCCUUACUUUCCAGUGGAAUUAGGUUCACCGAGUAGACAGCCGACAAACUAUUUCUGUAAAACCUUGACUGCAAGUGAUACAAGUACUCAUGGCGGGUUUUCCGUUCCUCGUCGGGCCGCCGAGAAAGUUUUACCUCCACUGGACUACACACAACAGCCUCCGGCUCGGGAGCUGAUCGCGAGGGAUCUGCACGAUAACGAAUGGAAAUUCCGACAUAUCUUCCGAGGUCAGCCCAAGAGGCAUCUUCUUACCACCGGAUGGAGCAUUUUCGUCAGCGCUAAAAGGCUCGUGGCCGGUGAUUCAGUGCUUUUCAUCUGGAACGAUAAGAAUCAGCUACUCCUCGGUAUAAGACGUGCCAACCAGCCUCAGACCAUUAUGCCUUCAUUGGUUUUGUCAAGUGACAGUAUGCAUUUGGGCCUUCUUGCCGCUGCCGCCCAUGCAUCUUCCACGAAUAGCCGUUUCACCAUCUUCUAUAACCCGAGGGCAAGCCCGGCUGAAUUCGUGAUACCACUGGCCAAGUAUGUUAAAGCUGUAUACCACGCUCGAGUCUCGGUUGGCAUGCGGUUUAGGAUGAUGUUCGAAACCGAAGAUUCAAGUGUUCGUCGGUACAUGGGCACGGUAACUGGAAUAAGCGACAUGGAUCCUGUCCGUUGGCCAAAUUCUCAGUGGCGGUCUGUCAAGGUUGGCUGGGAUGAAUCCACUGCGGGUGAGAGACAACCUAGGGUUUCUUUGUGGGAGAUCGAGCCUUUGACAACGUUUCCGAUGUACCCUUCUCCGUUCCAUCUUCGGCUUAAACGUCCGUGGCCUCCUCCCGGGCUUUCGUCUUUCCAUGGUCUGAAAGACGUGGAUGAUUCAGGUAUGAGCUCAUGCAAUCGUGGACUCCAAUCUCUAAACUUUCCGGGUUUCGGAGUAAACCCGUGGAUGCAUGCGAGGCUCGAUCCUCCGGGCUUGCUCGGUACAGGAAAUGACCUUUAUCAAGCCAUGGCUGCAGCAGCUUUCCAAGACAUGAGAGGCAUUGAUCCUCCUUCCAAAGCCCUCGAGCCUUCAAGCUUCUCGACGAGACCCGUGUCUUUAUUACAACCUCGGAUUCCGCAGCACCGACUAUCUCAUCAGACGUUUCCGAGCAUGCCGGAAAACCAACAACCUCACUCUCGGGGACAAGCCACUGGUUCUUCUCCUUUGUCUCUGAUGUCUGAAUUUGUUUCCGCCUCUCAGUCCCUCGCGUCACCACUUCCGUCCACUACGCCGUUCUCAGACUCGCUCGGGAAUAAUCCGAUGAUGGGCUCAGCGAUUUCUCCGUUCCAUACUCUUUUGGGUGACUUUCCAGAGAAUGAAUCCCUGGCAAUGGCUUCUUCCGGUUGGCCGUUGAAGUGUGCUGCAGUUGUUGAUUCAUCUUUCCUACCCUUGGGAUCGGAGCAGUUAGGACAAUCGCAGGAAAGUAAUGUCUCGUCGGGUUCUGUCUCAUUGCCUCCGUUCCCUGGUCGGGAAUGCUCGAUCGAGCAAGAAGGAAACGCCGAUCUACAUAGCCAUCUACUGUUCGGAGUCAAUAUCGACUCCUCGUCUCUUCUGAUGCAAAGCGGAAUCGGCAUCGAGAGCAUAAAUGAUUUCUCGUCUAUAGAUGGAUCGGGUUUUCCGCAGUCUUCGGAAAACGUCGGAUUCGAAAACCCGCAAUCCCCAACCUUUGUUAAGGUAUACAAGUCGGGAUCCUUCGGAAGAUCGCUGGAUAUAUCGAGAUACAGUAGCUACAACGAGCUGAGAAGCUCGUUGGCUCGGAUGUUCGGCCUUGAAGGCCAAUUAGAGGAUCCUAUGAGAUCAGGCUGGCAGCUUGUAUUCGUCGACCGAGAAAACGACGUCCUUCUCCUCGGCGAUGACCCUUGGCUGGAGUUCUUGAACAGCGUAUGGUGCAUCAAGAUACUUUCGCCACAAGAAGUGCAAGAAAUGGGGAAACGAGGGCUCAAGCCUCUCAGCUCCGAGCCAUCCGUUCGGAAGAAGCUUACGAACGGCAACUGCGAAGAUUUCGGGAACACGCAUGACCCGAGAAAUCCUGGCAACGGUAUUGCCUCGGUGGCCGGCAGCUCUUUCGACUACUAAAAGCUACGGUUUUCGGUUUAGGGUUUCUCUACUCUCUCGCUACUGUGAUGAGUGAUGACGAUGAUGUUGCAUGCACAGUUAGCUUGUACCUUACGGAAGAAACCAGAAACCCUAACUUGAGACACAAGCUUCCUUUUUUUGCUUCAAAGCUUUGCAAAAAAACACAAUGGUCUCUUUUUUUAUAUAUAUAUAUUACAAGGAUCUCAGAACA